AUGACGAAGACUGCUUCUGCUGGAAUUUCGAGGGGAACAAUUGGAGUCAGAUCAAAGCAGUCUGCAGCUAAAACGGUUGUAGCUAUUAGAUUAAUUCACUGCCAAUAUACUACCCAUUUUUCUUCUUCUUCUUCUUCAUUGUAUGAUGUUCUCUGUGUGUCUCCUAGUGUGAGUGAGCAUGAUAUAAAGAGCGCAUAUCGUCGGAUGGCUCUUAAAUACCAUCCUGACGUCUGCCCCGCUGUAGAGAAAGAGGAGUGUAGCAGAUUGUUUCUUCAAGUCCGGAAGGCUUAUGAGACACUGUCGGAUCCUCUGCUCCGCCAGGAUUACGAUUGGAGACUGCAAAACGGGAUGGAAAUUAACCAGCGCAGAGAAAGAUUGGAGAGCUGUAAUAAUGCGUGGGAAGUUCAGCUGAUGGAAUUGAUAAAACGAAGAUCUAGCUAUAGUUCAUCAUCGCGGGGCAGCAGAAUGAGAGCACGAAACCAACAUGUCCCUGCUUGUUGA